UAAUCGAACAUUUUGAAAAAUCAGUAUCAAAGUUUUGGAGAGUUAAGUAACAGCUUCGAAGAAGAUCAAUACCCGUUGUUGUACCAUGUAAUUACUAAAAGAUAAUGAAGAUGAUGACGAAAUAUAAUAAGCAGUAGUAUCUUUAUGCUAUUACACGUAGCACUAUCACUAUUAUCAAGUAACAUUUUCGGUCUUGUAAUAUGGGUCUUUUAAUUUCGCGCCUCAAGCACGUAUUCCUACAGUGCGAUAUGCAAUUGUUUUAUCGCUUCUGUUGUUUCUCAACGGUAUCUCACCAGCGAAACGGGCAUGGUAAGAGUCUCGUUCGAGCUUUAAAGAUCCACGUUACGGAAAAAGGUGCUAUUUGCAUAAGAGCGAUAGUGAUAGAGAUACACUAGUGUGACAUUGCUUAUUAAUCGACCAAUGGACCAAAUGGAGCGAAGAUACGUGCAAUCUUUUGAUAAGGUAUGGGAAGAAAUUUUUUUUGCAUCUAUUUAUAAUAAAACCACCUGUCUUCUGUGUGGUUAUCAACCCUCCAUUGUUAAAAAAUUUGUCCUUGAGAGACAUUUUAAAAUUAAACAUCUUAAUGAGUACUCAAAAUAUGUGGAUCAGGAGAAAUCUAAUCUAAUCGAAGGUUUAAAAUUAGUUUAUCAAGAAGGUUGUAGUUCGAAUUCUCAUAUCGAUAAUGCUACACCUUCGGUAAAAGCUCUUACAGCAUCGUACGCUAUUUCAAAUCUUCUCGCGAAAAAUUCCAAGCCGUUUUGCGAUGGAAAAUUUAUAAAGGAAUGCAUCAUCACAGCAGUGGAGUCGUUUGGAAAUUCUUUGACUCUUGAAGAAGCUGCUAGCAUUCCAUUAAGUGAUAAAACUGUUAAAUCGCGAAUAGAUGAUAUUGCUUCUUCCCUACAAAACAAAUUAAAAUCUUUAUUAGGAUCUUGUUCCUUUUUUUCAUUAUGUCUUGAUGAAAGCACCGAUAAUCGGCAUGUGAGUCAAUUGAGUAUUUUUGCUCGAAUCGUGCAAACCGAUUUUUCAUAUGUCGAGGAGCUUUUAGAUUUUGUCCCACUACAUGGCACAACGAAAGGUAUUGAUAUCUUCGAAGCUGUUAACCAAACACUUCAAAAAUUUGAUAGUGAUUUUUUAAAAUGUUCCGCUAUCGUAACUGAUGGCGUAAAGGCAAUGUUAGGUUCAAAAAACGGGUUCUUCGGUCAAAUUAAGCAGCGAGAUUUAAAGUUCCCAGUCAUUCAUUGUAUUAUUCAUCAAGAAGCGUUAUGUGGGAAAGUUGUGAAACUGUGUAUUUCUAUGCAAACUGUCACAAAAAUUAUUAAUACUAUUAAAGGCGGUCUAAAAUUCCUUUCUCAUCGAAAGUUUCAACUCUUUCUGGAGGAGCAUAACGCAAUUUACACAGAUGUGCCUCUGUAUUGUGAAGUUCGGUGGCUCAGUGCAGGAAAGUGUUUAGAAAAGUUCUUUGCAAUAAGAAAAGAAAUCUUCCUUUUCUUGCAAGACGAAUUACCUGCAAAAUUUGAGGAAUUUAAAUUUUUCUUCACAGAUGUAGACUCACUUUGCGAGCUUGCUUUAAUAACUGACAUGACAAAUCAUUUAAAUAUUUUAAAUUUAAAGCUGCAAAAGACCAAUCAAAUCAUUUCGCAAUUAGUUUGUCAUGUCGAUUCUUUUCGCAAAAAGUUAGUAUUAUUUAAAAAUCAAUUAGAAAAUAAUAUUUUUCAUUUUUUUCCUUCUUGCCAGAUUCUCUUUGAAGAACACGGCACAAAUUGUAAGUUUGAAAAACAUUUCGCUAUAAUUGAUUCUUUAAUAAAUCAAUUUGAUACGCGUUUCCGUGAUUUUGAAACGCUAAGAAAAGAUUCAAUACUUUUUAAAACCUCACUUAUUGUUCAAAUUCAGGAGCAAAGCGUAGAAUUUCAGGAAGAACUUUGCAAUUUGCAAAGUGAUCUUUUUUUAAAGGCACGUCCAGAAAAUGGGGUCGAAUUUUUCAAAAUUUUAGAUGUAUCACGUUAUCCACGUCUUCGAAAUUUCGGUCUUCGAAUUUUCUCCAUGUUCGGAUCCACAUAUUUAUGCGAAUGCUCUUUUUCUAGAAUGAAAUUAACAAAAACGGAAAAGCGUUCUUCCUUGAGCGAUACAUCAUUGUCCUCGCUGAUGCUAAUUAAUUCUUCUAAACUCUCUGUGGAUGUAUCCUCCCUAGUAGCUUCAUGUAAGCGACCUAGAAGGUCAAAUUAAAAUUUUUAAAUUGUUUCUUCCGCUUCAUCUUUCAACUUUAUAUGAUUUUAUAUCUUGCUUUCCUGCCAAGCCACAUAUUAUCAUUUUCAUCUCUUAGUGGAAUAGGCCUACUGGGGAAACCACUUUAAAAAAACGCAUCAACAAUAGUACCUCACGGGUGAUGCGGAAAGCUAUUA